AUGUUUGGACCACAGAGAUCUGUUCCCGGUACCCAUAUUUUGUCUUGGUCAUCCGCAUUUUCACAUGACAUGCUGCCAUUGGACGGAUAUGUGCUUUUUAUGCCCGCAAAAUUAAGUUCCUCCAACAGACUUUGCCUUAGGGAUAAGGUUCGUGCACCUUUUAUCCCUCCUGCUGUGUUGCAGCGAAAGCAACGCAUGCAAGUUGACAACAGCUCAAGGCGUGAUGAAAUUGGAACUAGAAUUGGAAGACGAGUAUAUCUUGUGGAUCUCAAGAAACACUAUCUCUUCAAGAAUCCAGAGGAGAAGUAUGAUACUGUUCCUGAGAUCUGGGAGGGACACAAUAUAGCUGAUUUUGUUGAUCCGGAAAUUGAGAAGAAACUGGCUGAUCUGCUAGCUGAAGAGGAAUUGCGUGAGAAGGCGGGAGAAUACGACUCUGAUUUGGAUAGCGAUGAUGAAGAAACUAAAGAAAAACUGGAACUAGCCAAGCAGAUUAGAGAGAAAGAGAAAUUGAUGGCAUUAGAAAAUCACAUGAAUAAGUCAAAAGCGGAAAGCCAAGUUUCGCGAUUGAGUGUACGUAAGCAAGAAAGAUCUAUGGGUCGAUUGGAGGAGCAGAUGCAAGAACUAGGCGUAGAAGUGAAUCUCAUUCCAUUUUGA